ACAUUUCCCACGAUGCUUUGCGCCGACAGCGGCCAGUCAUGUGAAUGGAAACCAAAUUACGCAUCCGCUUCUCUGCACGAAAAAUAAAGUUCCAGGAAAGAUGCACGAAGAGGACGAUGGCGAGUCGAGCCCGGGCCCAACUUCCCCGCUCGAAGCCUCGAAGCCGGGUGACGUGGUCGACGCGGAGUCGGCUAAGGAGCAGACCGCCAAGCUGUGCGGCUUUUUGAGCAAACUGUCCGGCAAGGGGCCCCUGAGGGGGUACAAGCCACGGUGGUUCGUGUACGAUCCCAGGAAAUGUUAUCUGUAUUACUUCAAGAGUCCGCAGGACGCGUUGCCGCUGGGACACAUCGAGAUCGGCGAUGCUUGCUUCAGCUACGACGUGGAGGGCGAGGAGGGGCACUUUGGGAUCAGCACGGCGGCGAAAGAGUGUCUGCUCAAGGCCCCCAGCAAGCCGAUGAUGCACUUCUGGCUGCAGCAACUCCAACAGAAGCGUUGGGAGUUCAGCAACUCGAGAGGCUGUGGACAGAGAGACAGUUUGAGCUCUCCUAUCUUGGCCCACCCUCUAUGUGGUCUUGUAGGCAAAGACAACGAUGCGUUUAUCUUUGAGAAUCUCAGCAACAGCAUGGAAAAGGUCCGCAGUGACUUGACCACGGAGACCAAGACGGAAGGUGGCGGAAUGGCUGGGAUCCAAUCAACCAGAGGGACUGCUGCUUCUACAAAUACCCGCAAUUUGACCCUCAAAAAUGUUGGUACAGAGAUCAGGAACUCUAUGUCGAUGCUUCGAAGGGGUAGGGUAUGCGACAGCAGACGGAGUGUGUUUUACACCGGCAACAGCAGUGCAGACGAGUGGGAGAUGGUGGAAGCUCAACCCAUAAAUUUCCCAGAACCGACACCUCAUCCAGAUACUCACAGGCAUUCCUUUGGAUCAGCGUUUGAUUUUGUACGCAACUCGUCAAGGCCCAGAAGGCCUCUGCUGCGAGACAUGAUGGGCUCAGCAAAGUUUGGCCGCAAUGCCGAGACUCACAGCGUUGAGAGCUCUCCUGUGGAGUUUAAUGGCAAAUCUCUGGAGUUGCAGCUUCGCCUCCAAAGCCAGCAAGAAGAGCUGUGUCGUGUGCAGCAGGAACAGACAAAACUCACGGAGGAGCUGGCCAGUCAGAAGGAGCUGGUGAGACUUUUGCAGCAAACAUUAAGAACAUCCCAGGGUGAUCGUCAGCCAGAACGUCGUACAGUCCCUCCACCAGAUCCAUCAUCAACAGAGUCCGAUCAGGUUAACUGUCCAAUGGUAACCCAGGAGGAGGUUGCCCGUCUGGAGGCCCUAGUUCAAGAACGAGAUGAACAGAUCCAGUCCUUGUGUGGCUCACCAAGCUUGCGUGCCCUCGUCUUCAUCUUCAUCUUCAUCUCUAACAGUCAACGUUGUGUAGACGCCUCCAGGGUGGACAGCAACCAUGAAUAG